UUCAUUUGUAUGGAGUGUGAUUAUUUUGUUGUUGUCGAUGGUGAUAGAAUUGCAUUUAUAAUGCAAUUAAAAAUAGAACAAUUUGAAAAUUUUUAUUGAAUAUACGCGAAAGCUUAACUUAAAAUCAUGUUGCCCGGUGUUGGUGUUUUCGGAACAGGUGCAAUAACUAAAGUAUUGGUGCCAAUUUUACGUGAAAAGGGCUUCGAAAUUAAAGCGUUGUGGGGUCGUACAUUACGAGAAGCAGAAGAAGUGGCCACAGCCCAAAAUAUUUCAUUCUACACAAAUAAAAUUGAUGAUGUUUUGCUGCGGAAAGAUGUAGAUUUGGUAUUUAUUGUAUGUCAACCGUAUUUACAUGCUGAGAUUUCUGUAAAGGCUUUGGGUAUUGGCAAGCAUGUUGUGUGUGACAAACCGAUGGGCCUGAACCAGGCCGAUGCCAUGAAAAUGGUUAGAGCAUCGCAGUAUUAUCCUACAUUGAUAUCGCUUGUUAAUCAUUCACUAAGAUUUCUGCCAGCAUUUACCCACAUGAAGAGAUGUCUGCAGGAGGGUGUAAUUGGUCCAUUAAGUGAUAUUUCAUUGGUGGAUAUACGGGUGCAAUUGGGAUCGUUAUUUCCGGAUAAGUUCGAUUGGAUGUGUGAUGCGGCAAUGGGAGGUGGUGCUUUGAAUUUGGUCGGCAGUCAUGUGGUGGACUUGGUGAGCUUUCUGCUACAUCAACAUGCAGUGCGUGUCCAUGGUGUCGUUAAAGCGUAUACAAAGACAACAUCAAAUGUCAAUGGGAUACGACAGAUAUCAGCCCCUGACUUUUGUAACUUUCAAAUGGAACUAGCUAAUGGUACUUUAAUAACAACAUCAAUUCACAGUCACACUGUUCCGGCCAAAAGCUUCUCUCAAGAAGUUUUAAUAUGCGGCAGUCAUGGACAUUUGUCAGUGCGAGGUGGAGAUCUCUUCGUGUUCAAACACAAACCCGAGGCACAGCUUAAAGAGGAAGCCGUUUAUGUAGAUGUUCAAGAUUUACAUAUUGCCACCUCUGAGUCACUUUUGCCUCGGCUGUACAUUAAAGGUUUAUGCAAGAUGAUUGGUGCUCUUAAGGAAUCAUUUGCUAGUAAGGAAUCUUCAUGGGUCAAGGAACCCGUUCAAGCUGCCGCCACUUUUGAAGAUGGACUUUAUGUUCAGGCUGUUUUGGAGGCAAUACGAAAAUCGAGCGAAUCAAAGGCCUGGCAAAGGGUGCAAAUAACUUCUGACAAUCCAUCAAAUCAUGAUCAAAUAAUGCGUUUCGCCCGUAUGUCUACAAUGUAAAUGGAAACAUACAUAGUUAUAAUUUCGAGAGAUUAUAUUUUAAAUUUUUAGUAUUUUGUUUAAAUUGUUUCACAUUCCCCAUAAUGAUAUAUGAACAAUUUGUUUAAUUAACUGUUUUAAUUGUCUAUUCCAAUAAAUGAACAAAUUUUUUUAAGUGUGCAACAAAAAAGUAAGACUGCACUUAUUUACAAUAAAACAA